AUGCUUUCCAUCUUCAUUCCUCUCCUCGCUUUACUCCCGCUCAUCGUAUCCUCUCCUACUCCUAUCCAGCUCAGCAAGCGGUACAGCGGUGUCAAAAUCCAGUCAUUCCGAAACGGUCUGUGCUUGUCACCAGUCGGUAGAUCAGUCGGUAACAAUGUCCAGGUAGCUACUAUCGGGUGUUAUCAAGCUCGCACAUGGAAUAUCAACCCAGGUAGUGGUGCUAUUAGCGUCAGUGGUAAUGAAGGUUUCGUAGUGGAUGCGGGGACCGGCAAUCAAAAUGGCGAAGUUUUGAAACUAUGGCAAAGUUACCCAGGUCUCUUCCAGCAAACCUGGUACCUCACCGAUGAUCGACGAAUCGCCAUUACUGGAGGUAAUCAAUGUCUCGAUCAAGGUAAUAAUGAUUCUGGUACACAAACAUGGGAAUGUAGUCCGGGUAACCUCAAUCAAAUUUGGACUAUCGUCCAAGCAGAUGAACCCUACUAUCCCAUUUCCGGUCAAUCCGCGGUGCUCAAUCCUCCAGUUGGACUUACGUAUCUGGACCCUCAAGAUGCGGGUCAGCGAAUCCACCCCUCUGGACGACCUGAUUUGGCUAUCACCGUAAGCGCAGGUGCAGCAGCUUUCGGAGGAUAUGUCGAUGUAGCAUAUGAUUUCGCGAAUAGCGAUAGUAAUGUACAGCUUCAGCGUUGGAAUUUCUUUACCGCUCCAACAGACAAUACUAUCAUAACUCUCUCACAAGCAGAUAACAAUUACUGCUUGAGCGUCGGAGCCAACCCUACUGAUGGAACAAGACCCAUCUUGCAGGACUGUGAUACUACUGAGAACACGAGAUGGGAAUGGGAUGGCCAGCAUUUCAAAGCGAGAGGAACAAAUCUUUGUCUUGAUGUGAGAGCCGAAUCUACUCCAAUUCAUUAUUCGCAUUUCCCGCCAUACGAUAUCCAGCGAACACUUCAGGUAUGGACUUGCUCACAAGGGAAUCGAAACCAGGAGUUCUUUACCAUUGGACUUCCUUGA